CCAAUAAAAACUCCGAAAUGCAUUUCCUGUUGGGUACUACAGUAGGGCGGGACUUAUGCCUUACGUGGCUGGCAUUUCCUGUUCUCUCAGAUUCAUGCUUAGACUGACAACCUGUGCUUUGCCAAUACCGAGUAGAGCAGGUGCCAGAGUUGUGUUCCCCGCAGUGUCUGUGAGACCCAGUAAGCUGCUCGGGUGACCGGCCCUUGGGGCAGCCCUGGGAUCCCCAUUCCGGGAACACCCCUGUUACCCGCCGCUCUGGCCCGGCUGGGCCCCCAGAGUCCGAUGGCGGCGGGUGCGCUGAGGCGCCGGUUGGAGGUUGUUGUGACCUUUGAGGAUGUGGCUGUGUAUCUGUCCAGGACAGAAUGGUGCCUCCUUGAUGAGGCUCAGAGACGCCUGUACCUGGAUGUGAUGCUGGAGAACUUUGCUCAUGUAUCCUCGCUGGGUUGCUGCUGUGGAGCAGAGGAUGUGGAGGCACCCACUGAACAGAAACUCUCUGAACAAGCGUUACAAGAAAAGUAUCCCAAGGCAGCUUUGUCUUCCCAGAAGGGCCACCCCUGUGAGAGAUGUGGGCCAGUCUUAAGAAACAUUUUUCUCUUGGUUGAUCAGCAAGGAACGCAACACAGUACAAUACUGCUGAGGUGCGGAGCAUGUGCAAAACCAUUUUAUUUCAGUGCCUGGAGGAACCAGAAUCAGAAACAGGACACAACACAGAAUUACCUCCUAAACAGUGUGGACAGUGUCUCACUUGGAGAGAGCUGCAAUUCCCAUAUGUCAUGGAAGCCUCAUACGUCCAGUCAGGUUGGAAAAGACUUCACCAUGACCUCAGGACAUCCAGUGCCACAGGAUACUGACACUAUGCACAGGGCAAACAAAAUCUCUCAGUCUGGAAUAACUUUUCACAAUACGAAGUAUCAUUAUGUCCAAACAGAAAAUAAGAAUUCCAUGGGUUGUGAAGAUACACUUUUUGAUGACCAGAGGUUCCUUACAGCGAGACAGUGUUUUGUGUGUUUUGAAUGUGAGAAAUCAUUUUCCAGAAUUUCUGCUUUCCGUGUUCAUCAGAGAGUUCACACUGGAGAAAGGCCUUAUGAGUGCAGUGCGUGCACGAAAUCAUAUACCACUGGUACUGCCCUCCACAACUAUCACAACGUUCACAAUGGAGUAAGGCCUUAUGAGUGCAGUGAAUGCGGGAAAUGCUUUCCCUAUAGCUAUGUUCUUAGACAUCAGAGAGUUCACACUGGAGAAAAGCCUUAUGAGUGCAGUGAAUGUGGGAAAUUAUUUAGGUGGAGGUCUGGUUUUCUGAAUCAUCAGCGAAUUCACACUGGAGAAAGGCCUUAUGUUUGCAGUGAAUGUGGAAAAUCUUAUAUUACUAGUUCUAACCUCAAAAAACAUCAGACAGUUCACAGUGGAGAAAGGCCUUACGAGUGCAGUGAAUGUGGGAAGUUCUUUCGCAGUGCUUCUGCCCUCCGUGUACAUCGCAUUGUGCACACUGGAGAAAGGCCUUAUGAGUGUAGUGACUGUGGGAAAUUUUUUCGUAGGAGGUCCAAUGUUUUGGAGCAUCAGAGAGUUCACACUGGAGAAAGGCCUUAUGAGUGUAGUGAAUGUGGAAAAUGUUGUACCAGUAGGUCUGGCCUCUAUAAACAUCACAGAGUUCAUACUGGAGAAAGGCCUUAUGAGUGCAAGAAAUGUGGGAAAUCUUUUGCCAGGAGCUUUACCCUGCGUUGCCAUCAGAGAAUUCACCUCGGAGAAUAACCUUAUGGCUGUAGUUUAUGUGCAAAUACUUUCAUUAGUAGGUCCACCUUUUGUCAUCAUUGAGCUGUUUACACUGGAUAAAGGCCUUUUGAGUGCAGUGACUGUGGGAAAUCCUUUAUCAGAAUCAGUCACCUGCAUUGUCAUCAGAGGGUUCUCACUGGAAAAUGUCCUUAUAAUUGAAGUGAAUUUGGGUAAUUCUCUUUUUGCAUCCAUAAUUUCAGUUGUUAUGACAGAGUUUACACUCCAGUGAUGCCUUUUGAUGGCUGAGAUUAUGUGUAAUAUCUUACCAGCAGUCAUGGCCUGUUCUCAUCAGAAAAUUCAGAAUCACUCAGUUCUUACAAGAGUAUUCAGGAAAUCUUUUUGUUCUAGACAUGUGUGUGUUCUUCUCUGAGGUCACAGUUGAUAUGUUUUUUUAUAUACAUGUCAUUUGAGAUUGUUUUCCUUGUAGCACUAACCUAUAUAAUAUUGAGAGACUUCAGUCUAGGGAAAGGCCUUAGGAGUGCAGUGAGUGUGGGAAAUUCGCUUUCCGUCCUCUAUCCUUUAUAUCAGCAGACAGUUUGCACCAUAGCUAACCUUUAAGGAGAUUUCAAAUGUUGGAGAUUUUUCCCUCAUAGUCAUGGCCACCUUAACACUGUUCACUCUUUAGAGUUUUAAUGUGUGAUGUAAACAUGGAAAUUUUUACCCAAGCGUCUAUUCUGUUUUGACAUUGGAGAAUUCUCAUUGUGUAAAUGGCUAGAUUAUAGGAAAUGUGUUUUUGUUUUUUGAAAAUUUUAUUCAUUUUUAAAGAGAGGGAAAGGGAGACAGAAAGUGAGGGAGAGCAAGAUCAAUGUGUGAUUUCCUAUUGAACGCCCCCCAGUUGGCCCCCACCCCUGGCAACCCAGGGAUGUGCCCUGACUGCAAGUCCAACCACCAACACUCUGGUUUGCAGGCCCCAACUGAAUCCACUGAGCCUCACCAACCAGAGCCUUGAAAAUGUGUUUUCUUUUUCAGUGUAAUGGCACUGAAACUCUCUGGGGAAACAUCAGAGUUGAAUUUUAUAUAUUCAUUCCUACUAUGGAUAUAUCUCAGAAGUAGAAUGUUUAAAUUUUGAAAAGCCAUACAAAGUACAACAUCAACUAAUUGUGCCUUUAUCCAUUCUUACCACAAGUGUAUGCAAAGUGCAGUUCCUCACUGUGACAAAGUCUUCAUUUCUUCAAUUUUUCUGAAUUUAACCUCUUUACAAAUGUUUAUUGUGCUCUCUCUGUCAUUUUAGUUCUUUUAGUUAUAGUUGCAUGUUCCAUUUUAGUUCCAUUUCCUUGAGGAUGUAGGAUGAGCAUUUUUGGUGUUAUGUACUACUGAUAUGUUUUUAGUCAAAUCUGUGUUCACAUAAUUUAUCUGUUCCUUUCUUAAUUUGGGCUACUGUCCUUUAAGAAAUAGGGGAGUAAAGCAACAAAGGUAUAUAUUCCAAUGACACCCACUUUCACUCCUUGAAUAACAAGUCAUUUUCAUGUUAUGGAAUAAAUGUUUCUUUUUUCUAGGGAUGUGAUAAUUGUUUUAAUAGUGUGAAAUAUAUCCAAAUUGUUUGGGUUUUACUGUACAAAUUGUAGUAGAUACAUAUCAUAUCCUUUAUAGAAUUGUCUUCAUUAAUUAACACACUUCAUCAGUUAUGUAAGUUUCAACAUUUAAUCAUAUAAUAAAAAGACUUGUG